AUGUAUCCAGCAAAGCAUAUUCAGAUUGACCAUUGUCUCAAGAAGACGUGUCAAUGUCCCAAGGGUACGUUAGAGAGUGGAACGGGAGAAUGCGUGGAUCUUGCAAGAUGUAGGCAGCUUCGAUCAAAGCGACAGGCUGUCGGUCCUAUCAUCAGAAAUAAUCUCUGCACCCUCUUUGGCAUCGGUUGUCCACCUACAACAACAGCUAGACCACAACCGUGUGGAGCGAAUCAAAGACGAGUUGCAUGUGGUACAGCUUGCGAGCCCACUUGCGCAAUACGAAAUCCACCUUGCACUGCACAAUGUAUUCCAAAUGUCUGCCGAUGCUUGCCAGGAUACAUACGUUAUGUAGGACUAUGCAUACCGACGGCAGCCUGUCCUAAUAAUCCUAUACGUACUAGCACUACCACACCUCCCAUCAUAAUUGUGAUUCCCCCAGGCGGAUAUCCAUAUCCACCAAUUAGAUAUUUCGGUUACUAUGUUCCACCAUAUUAUCCAUAUCCAGGAUAUUAUCCACCCUAUUACACUUGCCCUGCGUACACAACCUAUGCGCAAUGUGUACCGUGUGAGCGUGCUUGCAACUCGAAUUACUGGCUUUGCUAUCAGUACUGCGUCGCAGGCUGCACUUGUCAACAAGGAUACGUCAGGGAUCCAGUAUCAAAUUACUGCGUUAAUCCCUAUUACUGUCCCCGCCUGUAUCAAGGCAUCCGUAAUAGUGCUCUCCUUGCUUUUAAGAAGUAA